GCACAUAAAAAGUCUUGUCUAAUUCACAUUUCCUGAUUGUUUUAUCUCCCUCCUUAUAAUGCUUCACUUCCUUCUCACAACCGUUGAGCCUCUAGAUGAAUACCACGCUCCUCCAUUUAUUACCUUCAUCAUUUCCACACCUCUUCAACUUUCAUCUUAAACGCCAAAGAAAACAGAGACAACCCACAAGGAAAAUUUGGGAAAUCAUCAAGAACAACUCCAUGACUACUUCUUCAGUUUUCAGUCUUGCACUUGUGAUUUUUCUGGUUUUCUUUGGUACCCAGUUGGGUUUCUGCUCAUCUCAUGGACCUUACCACAGUAACUUCAUUACUUGGGAGGAUUUAAAGGUGGAACAACACCAAGGAAGGCUGAAUUUGAACAAUGAUUAUAACAGUAGUCGAGUGAUUGUGGUAUCCAAAGAUGGGACAGGCGAUUCUGUUACAGUUCAGGGUGCCAUUGAUAUGGUUAAUGAUUAUAAUACAAAGAGGGUUAAAAUUUUGAUACUUUCAGGUGUUUACAGAGAAAGAGUGUUUGUUCCAAGAACCAAGCCUUACAUUUCAUUAAUUGGGAAACAGAGGUCUCGAACUGUGAUCUCUUGGCAUGCUAAAGCUUCUGAUAAAAAUCCAAACGGGCAAGACAUUGGGACCUAUGAUACCGCUACGGUUGCUGUAGAAUCCGAUUACUUCUGUGCAACAGAAAUCACUUUUGAGAAUACUGUGGUUGCUGCGCCUGGAAAGGAAGGGAAUCAAGCAGUUGCACUGAGAGUCUCGGGAGAUAAAUCGAUGUUCUUUAGGAUCAGGGUUUUGGGAUCACAGGACACUCUCUUGGAUGAUCGAGGAACCCACUAUUAUUACCAAUGUUACAUUCAAGGAGCAGUUGACUUCAUAUUUGGUGAAGCAAGAUCACUCUAUCAGGAUUGUACUAUACAUUCAACAGCAGAACAAUUCGGAGCAAUUGCAGCUUCUCAUAGAAAUUUUGAGAAUGAGCAAGCCGGAUUCUCUUUCGUAAAUUGUAGAGUCAAGGGGACUGGGAGUAUCUACUUGGGAAGAGCUUGGGGUAGAUAUUCAAGAGCUAUCUAUUCCUACUGUGAUUUGGAUGGCAUUAUAAAUCCUAUGGGAUGGAGUGACUGGGGAGAUCCAUCAAGGAGAAGGACUGUGCAAUUCGGUGAAUACAAAUGUAGGGGUAAAGGAGCCAAUCCAAGCGGACGUGUGCCGUGGUUUAAGACAUACAGUUAUGAGCAAGCAAGACCUUUUCUCAAUAGGACUUACCUAGAUGGAGAUAAAUGGCUGAAACUAUAGUGUAUUCAUCUAUUAUUAUCACUGACUGAGUUAUCUUCUCAUGAUUCUUUUGUUCAAAACUGGCUAAAACAAGCUCUAAUGGGAAAAAAUGAAUUAUUUCUUU